AUGAAGCGGUUUAUGAGGGGCGAGUCAAUAUUUUGGGGUGUAGUGGUGUCCACGUGUGGUACUGUGAUUGGAGAGAAGGAAAGCGGAAGGCAUUGGCCGUCGAAAACCGAGAUUAGGUCAGCCGCCAUGGAUGAAAAGAAACAAGAAGUAUUGUUUUGUGGGCGGUUUGCCUUUAGCGUUAGUGGGCGUGUAAGUGAGAUUAGUGAGGGGGUUGGGUUUGUGGUAAAAUGCAAAGUUGGGUUGGGUGACACUGAUUGGGAAGUUUCUUAUCUUGGGAAUUUGUUGAUGGGUCUAAUCAUGGAUAGUGGGGAUGGAAUCAAUCUAAAUGCAACUCUUCACUCACAUUAA